GAUGCUGCCACCAUCACAAAGCUUCAGGGAUUGCUGUGGAGUUGCCCAUGAGCAGCUGGGACCGUUUGGAACUGGCGAGGGCAAAGGCAUCUCCAUGGAAACCACGGGGGCAUUGUUGCGUCUGUUAUGUGGGGUAUAUAAGGCCCUGGAGCACCCUAGAGGUGGCAUUUGCCGUGUGAGUCCAUGGCAAGUCCGCAUCCAAGGACACGGAAGAUGCCAGUGGUCAAUGGAUCAAACGCCCUCUCCCAGCCUGCCCAAGGCCAGCCAGGAGUGCAAAGGAGAUGCCAGGUGGCCCACAGGCAGCCUGAGCAAGGGCCGCACAGGAUCACGCUGCCACAGCUGCCCUUCCCAAGAAGGCUUCCGCCCAUCGUGACCCAGCAGGCAGAGGUGGGCAGCCUGGGGCACAGAGAGGUGCUGCCCCGCAGCAGGACAGAGGAGCAGACACGUCUGCCACCACUGGUGGAAAGGGCACCUCGGCCACCAUGUCAGCCAGUGAGAGCAGCCAGCAGCUACAGCAGGCUGCCUCCACUGACACUGGCACCCUCUGCCCCUACAGCCACGUUCAGGGAUGUGGCCAUAGGCAGUACAAGCAAGAGCCAAAAGCAGCUUUGCACAACCGCUGCCCAGAUGCCCUGUGUCCCUGCACAUGGCAGCACUGUUGCACGGCCACAGAGCUGUCAGCCUGCCGCACUCAGGCCCACAGCCUGUGCCACACUGAAGGGCACAGGAAAUGUGAGCACGGUCCUGUGCAGCACCAGUGCUGAGAGCCGGGGGCUCUGCCAGCAGGCAGUGGGAAGUCAGGACCCAGUGUACGGCAGGGCUGCAGUGACAAGGAGAUGCACUGUCAGUGCAGCUAAUGGCAGCAAGGCCACUGCCACUCAGCCUGCUCCUGCUCCUGACACCUGUGCGAGCACUGCUGCUUCCCAGAGCAGGAGGACGUGGCGAGAGGCAGAGCAGCAGCCAGCGAUGCCAGCGGCAGACUUCCAGGGCAGCCUCUAUGGCAAGUCGCUGGGGCUGAACAAGAAGGUGCUUGCAAAGUCUCUGCCACCCCUGCCCAGCAGCAUCGAGACUUUGCAACAGCCCAAGGGGAGCUGCUUGCGCAGAGCUCCUGAGGCAGAGGAGCACCAGGCACCUCUUGUUCACACAGCACCAGCACCAGAACAUCGUGGCUUUAGCUGGCAGGCUGCUGCAGCACAAGCCCAGCACCAGCCACCUGCCCUGCACCGCAUCAGAGCGCGUGGUGCAGAUGUGCAAAAGUCAUACAGCACCAUCUCGAAGGACCAGUUCAGAGAUGUGGCCGAAGAGGAGGCAAAAGUACCAUUCUUCGCUGAGUGUGGCAAGCAGUCUGCAGCAGGAGAGACACAGCGCCAGGCACCUGCCCUGAGCAGCUCAGCAGAAAAUGACACAGACCUGAAUGUCCCAUCCAGGCCCAUCGUGAAGAAGGUCCGUUUCAGAGAGGUUGUUGAGGUGGCAGAGGCAUCUGUCCUGUACAGCCACAAACAAAAGAAGACGGAUCCGACGGCUGCACCCAAGAGCAUCCUGAAGAAGGUCCGUUUCAGAGAUGUUGUUGAGGUGCCAAGGCACCAGCCUCUCCCGGCAUCAGCAGGCAGGCUGCAGCAGGACGAGCACAGGGCUGGGCAGCUGUCCUGCACAGCCACAAACAGAACAACACGGAUCUGA